CCGCCGUCCGCGGGGUCCUGAGAACUUGUUAGUUCCUAUGCAAUAGAAGGGCCCUGCUGACGUCAGCACAGCACGUGACUGGGUGAUCACAUGGUACAGACAAGUACAGGAAGAAGCGAAGCGGGAAAUCCGAAUGACUGAAAAUAGAGUCAACUAGUCCCGACCCAGCCUGCAGCCACAGAUAUGCCCCGCCCCCCACUGCCUCACUGACGUUGUCAUGGUAAAAAUGAAGAAGGGCUUGAUAAGACGCUUCACUGGAAGAUGAUGUUUAUGGACCUGAGAGGAACCAAUGAAGUUGCCAGCAGAACCUAAGUCCAAAAAAGCAGAAACAAUGAAAGAAGUCUUGGCAGAGAUGAGUGGCAAUCCUAGUGCUAUAAACAUGGUGUGGUAGAGUUCUGCAUUAUAGGCACCAUACCUGGUCUUCAGCACGAACAGUCAAAGUAUCCUGAUUUAGAAGGCACUAUCCUGAAUAAAUAGUGAGGAUAGGAGAGAAUACCCAUCAUGGCCGAUCUGUCUCAGCAUCAUAGCUGAUGUUUUAUAUGGAGAAGAAGAAGAAAGUCUGCCAGCGCUGUCCUGUGAGGCUGCCUGAGUUUACUUUAGGGAAUGCUAAGACAGAAAUGGUUACACACUAAAACUGUAGGAACCUUCUAGAAGGAAGACUGUACCUAAUCCUAGCCUGGACUCUUUUUAACAGAAAGUCAAAGAAGUUCAUUUUUUGCAGACUUCAAAAUGAGUCUUGUCUCGGACCUUUCCCAGCUUGCGGCCCGAGAGAAUACAUCACAAAUCAGGUGCUGAAAGGGGGAUUGGCUGCUUUGUCUGCUGUGUGUGAAACCAGCAUCUUUGUUACUGUGCAUGCAUUCAUCAUCAUGCAGAUCCACAGAUUGUAUGUCAGGUGAUGUCGAAAAAGUCAUGUGAUUAAAGGGAGCAUGACUGUGCUGCAAUGGAUAUGGCGACUGAUGUUUGGGAGGAAAGUCACCUUACACCUUCACACAAAGGAUCCUAUCGAUUCCAGUAGCCAUUUCCCAAAAACAAGAAAGCAGCGGGAUGGGAGACACAGGACACGGCCAUUUAUCACAAACACAAGCACAGAUCCUUGGCGACCAGCAAUAAGCUGCUAGAUGCGGGAAGAUGCUGACCACAGAGAGAGGAGUUGUGGAGGAAUGGCUGUCCGAAUUUAAGAUUCUGCCUGAGGCAUCUGUUACGAGUUAUGCUGUAAAUCUGAAGGAGAAGACCUCUUUGGUUUCUGCACUUUAUGAAGUCAUUCAGGAGCCUCAUAGUGAGUUUUUAGAACCUGUCUGUCACCAGCUGUUUGAGUUCUAUCGAAGCAAAGAGAAGAACCUAAGGACAUUUACGCUUCAGUUCCUUCCAGAACUAGUAUGGUGUUAUCUGUCUAUGUCUGCCAGCAGGGACCUACAAAGCAGUGGAUGCAUUGAGGCACUUCUUCUAAGUAUCUACAAUUUGGAAAUCAUGGAUGAACAAGGACACAGCAAGGUCUUAUCUUUCACAAUCCCAUCCUUGUCAAAGCCUUCCGUGUUUCAUGAGCCCUCCAGUAUAGGCUCCAUGGCACUCACGGAAGGAGCGUUAUCCCAGCACGGUCUUAGCAGAGUUGUGUACAGUGGCCCUCAUCCUCAAAGGGAAAUGUUAACUGCUCAGAACAGGUUUGAAGUGCUGUCGUUCCUGCUAUUAUGUUAUAACUCUGCCUUAAACUUCAUGCCAGCACCUUCUCUCCGAUCCCUGUGUCAUAUGUCCUCAAAGCUCUGUGUAUGUGGCUAUCCUCGGCAACAUGCAAGAAAAUAUACAGGAAUUAAGAAUAGGAUACCUGUGUCCUCAGAGUUUAUGGUGCAGCUACUGACUGGCAUUUACUACUCGUUCUACAAUGGAGAAUGGGAUGCAGCACGUAGAGCACUGGAUGAUGUUCUAUACAGGGCACAGCUGGAAUUAUUCCCAGAACCGCUACUGGUUGCCAAUGCAAUAAAGGCUUCAUUACCUCAAGGAGCUAUUAAAGGAACUAAGGGAGGCACUAAAUGUAUCCAAGUUGAAAUUGCCCCAACUUCGUCCAGGAUAUCUAGAAAUGCUGUGACCAGUAUGUCUAUCCGAGGUCAUCGGUGGAAGAGGAAUGGUGAGACUCUAUAUUUUUGUUUUGUUUUCAGUGCACGGUUCCAUGAUGGGGUGCUGUAGGGUUUGUGUGGAUUCUGAGAGGUCAACUAAAACAUUUUUUAUGUACUCAAGUAGAAAACACAUGGUGCACAUUUACAAUCUUGCACAAUGAUCCAAUUGCUUCUCAGCAUAAUUUCAAAAACUAACAGGUUGUUAGUAUAUACCUUUUGAUCAAAAAGUAUAAGCCCACUCGCUACGUCAAGGCCACCUAUUUAGAGUGGGUCCCUAAC